AUGGGGGCGCUCUUACAAAACAUCCUGGGGCAGUUAGGCAAGAUCGGCGAGAUUCAUAAAUCUACAAUAGAGGCUAAUCAACUGACACAAAAGCGAUUGGAGGCGAAUGAGAAACGAUUUGAGAAACUUGAAAACAAUGUUGCCCAAGAGUAUGUAACUGUGGAAACGCAAGAAGGAACCCUGAGGGGUCAGAUAUCUAAAACAUACACAAACAUUCCCAUGUAUAUGUUCCAAGGCAUUCCAUAUGCGGAGCCACCAGUUGGAGAUCUCCGUUUUCAGCCUCCAGUAACCAAAGCAGCUUGGUCCGGUGUUAGAGACGCCCUGGCGGUCGGCUCGCAGUGUCCUCAGAUCAGCGGCAGUGGAACGGCUGGGAAUGAGGACUGCCUCUUCCUCAAUGUUUUUGGCCCACAGGUAGGCAAACUCAGCAUAAAGAAAGCUGUUAUGGUAUUUAUCCAUGGUGGAUGUUUCACAUCAGGCUAUGGCCAGGGCGCGACACCAAAUUACUUCGUGGAUGAAGAUGUCAUACUCGUCAGCAUAAACUACCGUCUCGGACUACUAGGUUUCCUGAGCACUAGUGAUGAAGUCGUCCCCGGAAAUAUGGGUCUGAAAGAUCAGACAGAGGCUCUUCGCUGGGUGCAGAGGAACAUUGCAGCAUUUGGUGGUGAUCCACAAAAAGUGACCAUCUUUGGACAAAGCGCUGGCGGUGCAUCCAUUCAUUAUCACGUCGUAUCGCCACUGAGCACAGGUCUAUUCAAGAACGCCAUAGCAAUGAGCGGAUCGACAUUAAACCCUUGGGCGUUCUCUAGAAAUGCAACAGACAGGGCGAUAAGGUUUGCCCAACACUUGGGAUACACAGGGAAUACUUCAAACGAUCUCGUAAAUUUUCUGAAAAAUAUAGAUCCGUCUACGCUAGUGAUGGACCCGUAUGUUGCUCUAUCGGAAGAGGACAGCAUGACGUCGUUCACGUGUAUCUGGGUGCCGAGCGCUGAACCGGCGCUCGACGGGGCGUUCUUGGCAGAAGAGCCGUGGACGCUUUUGUCUGAAGGCCGCUUCAAUCUGGUUCCUUUCAUGGCUGGCAAUACUGACCUCGAAUUAGUUAGCUACACACAACCUGGCGGUGGAUUUUCAACAGAGGACAAAAUAGAGUACCUGAAUAAAUAUUUCGACGAAAUAGUAGGCUGUGACUUACGUCUACCGACGAAGGAGGAACGGCUACAAGGCGCUGAGUCUGUCAAGCAAUUCUACUACAACGGCAACGACAUCACGCUGAAGGACAACUACACCACUGCGCUGUUCGACUCGCACCUCUGCUUCGUGGAGGGACUGGACGCCGCCAUCAGGAGCAUGUCCCGCUUUUCCUCGCAGCCUGUCUACUACUACCAGUUUUCGUUCGUCGGUCCCCUCAGCGCAUAUCCUGGUGGCCCAGGGGCGGCACACGCCGACGAUGUACAUUACAUGUUCACGUCGCCCACUAAUCUCGAUCCUAAUUCGGAUGGAGGCAUUAUCAGAGCGCAGAUGAUAGAAAUGUGGGCCAAUUUCGCCAAAUAUGAGUAA